AUUCUAUGCCCAUUCAUCACGUUAUGCUUUCACAUCCUAUCUUCAAAUCUUCCAUGUAUAUAAAACACAAAAUAAAAAGUAGCAAGAGCACUCAAAAGAACAAAAAAGUUAAGUUGCAGAAGCAGCGUGACAUGAAAAAUGGGGAAUGCAUUUUCUUUAACUGCUAAAAAAAGACGUUCGCUAUCGUCUGAUCGCACUAGAGAUGCUGGCGGGAGCAGUAGUUUGAGAUCAGUGUCGAGCCGAAACAUAGUUAGUAAUGAAGCUCCUUCUGUGCAGAAGAAAUCAUCGUUUUCAAGUCGUAAAGCGAGUAGUAAGAGCUUCUCGUACAAGAAGACCAAGAAGUAUGCUUUCAUCCCGGAUUAUUUCUCCACGCUUGAAGAGGUUACAGAGGCUUUGAGAGAAUCAGGCCUGGAGUCAUCAAAUCUUAUUCUUGGAAUAGACUUCACGAAAAGCAAUGAAUGGACAGGGCAAGUCUCAUUCAACAAUCGCAGCCUGCAUGCCAUUGGUGAUACUCGUAAUCCUUAUGAGAAAGCCAUAUCCAUUGUUGGAAAGACUUUGGCUCCUUUUGAUGAAGACAACUUAAUACCUUGUUUUGGGUUUGGUGAUGCCACCACUCACGAUCAAGAAGUGUUCAGCUUCCACAGUGAUCACUCUCCUUGCCAUGGAUUUGAAGAAGUUUUAGAUUGCUACAGGAGGGUGGCCCCAAAAAUAAUAUUGUCAGGUCCAACAUCUUAUGGACCUGUAGUUGAUGCUGCAAUUAAUAUAGUGGAAAAAAGUGGCGGACAAUACCACAUUCUGGUCAUUAUAGCAGAUGGACAGGUCACACGUAGUGCUGAUAUACGUGAAAAGGAACUCAGUCCGCAAGAAGAAAAAACAAUACAAUCAAUCGUCAAUGCAAGUGUGUAUCCUCUCUCAAUAGUACUUGUUGGCGUUGGAGAUGGACCUUGGGAAGAUAUGAGAAAAUUUGACGACAAAAUACCUGCACGUAAAUUUGAUAACUUUCAGUUUGUUAAUUUUACAGCUAUUAUGUCCAAAAAUGUGACUCCGUCGGAGAAGGAAACUGCAUUUGCUAUUGCUGCUCUCAUGGAGAUACCCAUUCAGUAUAAAGCUGCCAUUGAGUUUGGUCUAGUUGGGAAUGUCACAGGCAAAGCAAAGAAAAUUGCUCCACGUCCUCCUCCAGUUCCCUACACGCCUAGUGCAGUGUCUUCAUCCAGAGAACCAAACAAUCUUUCAUCAUCCGAAGAAGAUGAAAGAAACCAGGCCUGUGCUAUUUGCCUGACCAACAGGAAGGACAUGGCUUUCAAUUGCGGACACAUGACUUGUAGAGAAUGUGGGUUGAGAUUGUCAAACUGUCCUAUUUGCCGCCAGCAGAUUAGCAGCCGUAUUAGGCUGUAUACUGGGUGAUUUAUGAUCUGUGGCUGAAGAAAAACACGACCAACUUGUACAUAUACUGCUUGCAUUCCUUCUGAGGAAGACAGUAGAUUUCAGUUGACAAGCAAAUUUGAGUAUCGUUUUACGUGUAUAAUGUAUAUAUCUUUGAGCAUCGUUCAUGUUUCAAGAACGACCAGCGGGGUGCAUAUAUGUCACUGACAAUUUGAACUGACAUGUUUCAAAUUAUAGUAUACAAACAAAUGACGUCUUCAACAGGGGUUAAGGAGUGAUAUUUUGGUUUGAACUUAACCAAAUUUAUUUUAAAAUAAAUAAUACAUAGCAAAUCAGUUUCAAGAUGCCAAAAGUAUGGAAAAAACCUAAUAA